AUGAGCGAAUAUCAAUCUAGCUUCUUUGUUAAUCGUGCUUGUGUCUUUAUAAAUUCCGGAAAUGAUCCCAUGAUUCAAAAUCAGGUGAUCGAUAAUCCGCAACUUAUUAAACUUCCAUUUCCACCAGAAAUUAAUCCACAAGAUUUAGUUAUUUUUCACCAAAAUGGAAAAGUUCCCAAACCUCCUAAUGCUUUUAUGAUUUAUCGAAAAUUAUUUGUUGAAACUGCUCGUGCAAGUGGUUAUAACUUGCCAAUGAAUAUUAUUUCUUUAAUGGUAUCUAAAUCAUGGAAACAAGAAGUUGAAGAAGUAAAAAAUGAAUAUAAAAGAAUCGCAAAAGAAGCUUUUGAUUAUCGUAAUGAAUUAUUUCCUAAAAUAAAACCUCAAAAGAAAAGAGACCAAUGGAAAACUGUUUCAUUUGAUAAACCUUCUGUUCGUAAAGUUAGAACACCUAAACCUAUGAAAUCUAUCAAUAAAUCGAAAUCCACAAAACAUAAACAACUUGAAUCUCCCACAUUCGAACUUCAAGCUCCCAAACUUGAUGAUUUAAGUGAUAUUGAUAUGAAUUCACCAAUUUUUGACCUCGAUUUAUUUACAGAUUGGGCAGACUUCUUUAACAAUCAAAAUAUUUAUCCGAGUCCUGAUUUAUCAAUAACUUCUAGUAGUAUUUCUAGUAGUACUUCAAGUAGUACUUCUAGUAGUCCUAGUCUAAAUAAUUUUGAAUUUCCAAUUCAAGCAGAUCAACAAGUCAACGACAAUGACAUAAAUAAUCUUUUAUUCAUUGAUGAAAAUCAUCAGUCACCUAUAUAUGAUAGUCAAUACGGACUUGGAAUUUUUGAUUUCUCUAACAUUAACGUUAAUGAAAUUUCCGAUGAAUUCUUUGAUAUUCCGAAUAAUUACAUUUUAGAUGAUUUGGUCAAUUCUAAUGACCAAUCAUCUUUUUUACCUAAUUUAUUAAAUACAACGACAAGGAUAAAUCAAGAUAAUAAUUUAAACGAUGCAUUAAUUGCUUAUGAGAUGGGUUUUAAUUACCCUAUAUAA